AUUUCAAAGACUACGGAAAUAAGGAAACGAGCUAUCGAUCGCAACCUUUCGAUAUUUAAAAAAGGCGACAAAGAAGAUUCUCUUUGCCCGGAUUAGUCCGAGGCGAGAAAAGACCCGAGAAAAGAAGAAAAGAACGAUGUUUAAGAAGGUUUAAGAUGGAAAUACACGAUGGUGGUCGUUGGUAACGUUCAGCGAUUUUAAACGAGCAAAAUAAUAAUACAGAAAAGAUGAAUAAAACGACAGAUAAUAUUGCCAAAGUUGUCGGGAAUAAAAUACACGGACCUUAAAAUAUAUUUUUCCACCACCGUUUUAUCUCAGAUACUUCGCGCUAUACUUUGCCCAUCGCGUUUUUCAAUCUCCGCUAAACUGCCGAUGUCGCUCAUCGAAGGCUCCUAAAUCUAAGAGAUCAGCUUCCUGGUAAUCGCGCGAACAGAAACAAUCUUUCCUAUGGAACGACCAUCAGGUCGCAACGAACAAUAGGUGGAAAAAAAUUGAUCGAUCGAGAAAGCAGGAACGCGAGUACGUUGGAAUAGCAGUGAGCGUGCAAUUGCACGGCGAUUCUGAAUAUCGACACGAAUCUCCGCUUUCGAGGCAGCGGUAUUAGCCGCGUGAAUGGUGUUACCGGUUAAACGGGAGAAUCGUGGGAACGAGAGGCGAAUGAAACAGACCUAGAAAGAGGAGGAGGAGCAGCAGCAGCAGGAGAAGGAGCAGCAGGACGAAGAAAGGGAAGAAGGAAAGAGGAAAAAGGCGAAGAGGACGUGCAGCAAGGUGAAAGAAAUACGGUCGGUAGGGAGAAGGUCUUCUCCGCUGCAAGCAACGAGGAUAUCGCGAUCGUGAAUAGCAAGGACACGAACAGCGUUCGCGAGUAGCUUCCCAGUGAAAGAAGGGAUAUCCGAGUCCCCACUAUUAAAUGGCUCGACUCUGACGCGGUAAGGAGAAGCUACAUCGGGGGCGGUAGAAUACCACCAGCCUCAGUGCAAUUUCGACACUCGUCUCGCAGUCAGUUGUCACAAAAGGGCGAUCGUUUUACGAUCUUGUCCGACUCUUGCUUCGAUUUUACGAUCUUUGAAACGUGAGAGAAAGGUAUGCACCACGAAAAGAUGGUGAUAGAGGGCGAAGGCGUUUGAUGGACGCGCGAAGAACCACGGCACGCCGUUCAAGUUGCCGAAGAAACAGACAAAAGAUGCGCCAAAUCGUUUAAAGAGAAAUUGUAGGAUUUCGAUGCGAAAGAGAAGCGCGUUUUCUUUCACGAAGAAUCUACAUUUCUGGAUGAAAUUGUUGGACAGACCGGAUCGAAGGAUAAGCGAAGAUAGAACUGUUUAGAGAGAAACUUCAAGGCUACGCUUUUGGCGAGCAACUGGAACGCGUGGAAGAAGUUGGAAGGUUUGUUUAGAGAGAAAUUGAAUCGUAUCUCGCGACCGACUACGGCUAUUUGGCGAGGUGCCGAAGAAUAUCGUAAAAGAAGGAACAGUCUAGAUAAGAACAGAGAGAUUUUUCUCCAAAGGGUUAAAUUUCUGCGACACUCCGUGGUGGAACACGGCUGUCCGAAAGAGAGACAAAACGUUGGAAGAUGUGGUCGGAGAACAUCGGACAACGAUUCUCGACAAGGACAAAAGGGUAAAGUUGUACAACAGGAUAUUACGAAAGAAUUUUUGCAUGAAAUUUGAAGGGAAUAGGAUAGAGUCGUCUUACGGUCGGAAAAGAAGGAAUUAGAAGAUGUAAACGUUCGAACGAUCGUGAGCAAAUCGUUUAGCAAAUUGGACAGCACAACGGAGAUCGGUAGCCUAACGUAAUUGUCUUAAGCACAGCUUCUAGCGUACCGAUAAAAGAUAAUUAGCCUACCGAGAAAAAAUUGAAAGGAGUAACUCGACUUGCAAAAACAUCGAUAGGAAGAGAAAGUAACUAAAGAACAGCAUCUCUAACAAGCUGAUUGCUAUGAAUCUCGACAGAUUUCAAUUACAAAUAAAAGAACCGUUUUGUGUAAGAAACUAUUACGAUCGAGCGUCGUUAUUUUUAUUUUGACCAUCGAGAAGCUGGCAGAAGCGCCGUAUAAAGCGAUAAAGAUAGUAAACGCAACGUUAACGAAGAAAUUGUACACGAAGACUCGUAAAAGUCAGGCUUCUAUUAACGUGAAAGCAACAAGGGAUUUGACAACGAAACAGGAACAAACUGCUUGAGUUUGCAUUUUCGUGGAAAAGAUCGAGAAGCAGCGGACGGUGAAGGAAGUGACCUGGUCAUAAGGAUUCUUCUUCAACGACGAACUUCCACAAAUUGAACGUUUCCUGUGAUUUUACUGGAGCACGAACGACCGUGUCCACGAACAUGCAAGACCUCUUUGAUGGCACGCAAUGACACAAAACGCGUAUUUAUUUCUUCGUCGAUUAGCGUGUCUACCUAGAAACGCGUCGUACCGGAAGCCCAUUGCAGAAUCAUCAACGUCUCUUCGAUUCGAACAUAUCUCGGUCACAGAAUCAAUCUGUCAUACAUAAUUGAACGAAACAAGGAGUGUAUUGCCGCUUUUUCAAUAUUCCUUUGAUUUCUUUCCUUUGACACGAUUCCGAGAUCAUUUACCGGGGAUGAUAAUAGGAAAGACGAUCUCUUCGGUUCGAAUAGAACGAGACGAAGGAUCGAGGAUUUAUCAGACACGUGACACAUACGCUGGAAAAUGAUCAAAGAGGAAGGAAACAUUGUUAUUUCUGCGAUGUUUCUCUGCUUUCUUGCAUCUGCGGUAUUCUAAGGUCGUGAUACUUUUCCAGGGAAAUUAUUAGAAAAUCCGAUCUUUUCAGAUCGAGCAGACGCGUUCGAAAGAUCGACGAUCUGUCGCAAACGAUCCAACGACUCGUUACGAAGGAAAAAGAAUGUCGCGAUUCUAAGAUCGCAUCUCCAGGGAAAUAAUCGAUAAAUAUAAUCCCUCGAUCUGAAACAGAACACGAUCGAAGGAACAACGAUCCAUCAUACGCGAUCGACCGAGAGGCGAAAGGAAAGAGAAGAAAAACGUCACUACCUUCGUAAUGCUUCCUUGGUUUCUUGCAUCCAACACGACUUCAAGAUCGCUCCGCGACAAAAAUAAUUAAAAAACAUAAUUCCACGCGACUUUCCUAGGCGUUAGCCUUGGAGCAGCAACGAUCGGAUCGAUAAGACUAGAUCGUAUAAUCGUGGAUGACGAGAGACUUGAAACGACAGCCGCCGGAAGUGAAGAGGAAAAACGACGAAUGGUCGGAGAAGAGUAAAAACGACACCGGAGGAGUCGGUCGAAUCAGAGAAAGCAGCAAGAAACGAUUCGAAGCGCAAAAAGGGAUGAAUCGUUUCGGGGCUUAUGAGGCGUGAAACCAAGAUCGCGAAUCUCUUCAGCAAGUGGUUGGUUUACGGACGAGCUGAUAGAAACAGUAAGAAUAUCAGCGGAGUACAUAGGGAGGAGACUCGUACGUUAUGAGGCGAGGAUGAUCGUCGAGCAAGUCGACAAGUUGGAAACGAAGCGAGUAUUAUAGUUGGACAGGCGAAGAAGAAACAGCAACUGCAAGUUGAAGCUUUAAUUAUUAUUAUUCUCUUAGUCUCGAAGAGGGUAUUUGAAUGGCAACGAUGAGAAAUUUAAAGAACAUUCCGAGGAAUUGAAGAUUUCGUUCUUUGGAAAGCAGAGACUGUUCUUCGUGGAAAGAAGAAAACAGGAGAAGAGAUAAUUAGCUGCAGGGAAACCGUACGAGUCUGUCGCGGUAUUCACAUCUUCAAGAAGAAACUCUGAUAGGAAUGGAAGUGCCGCAAUUGACGCCAGCCAGAAAGUUAUCGUUCGCGUAAAUCGAAUCGAUACCGUGUCGAAGACGACCGAUUCGAUCGGAUAAAACGAAACGAACCGAACCAGCGUGUUCCUCUGGAGCGAACAGAGGAGGAAUCGAGAGGGUACGCGAGGAAUAGUCACGACUCCAAAGUAGUGCAAAAAUGCGGAUGAAGCUAUUAAAGAUCGUGGUGGUCCUGUUGCUGUCAGGAUCGGGCAAUGCCAGGCCGCAGAAAACCGAAGGAUCGAUUCAAGUUCAGCCAUCGAGGCCAAACCCUGAGCAAUGGAGAGGCCACGGCGUGCCGCAUACCGUUCGAGAAGAUAGCAGGUACAGGUGGAAUUCCGGAAGUAGUACUAUUCCGUACAUUAACUUACAUUAUCGCGAUAAUGUUAAUCCCUCUAUCGAGUCCAACGUCGAGGUAAGUGUCGAUAAAACGAGGCAACCGGAAUCAACGCGCUUCCUUCGGUCGAACUCGAACAAUUUCUGGAAUCCCUCGAAGUUUCAACCAAGAAACUCAGGAAAGAUAAUCGACAAACAAAGUACAAGCAUGUUUCAUGAACGAUCAAUUAAAAAUGAUCAUCUAACCAGACUUAGAAACACGUCUCGUCGUCAACCUAUACUGCCAAAGAAUUAUAGCACAGUUUCAGCUGAUUCUACUAAAGAAUCAGCCAAUUGUUUCUCAAAAACAGAUCAGAGAUUUAAUGUAGGUUAUAGACGCGUACCGCUUCCAAAUUCGAGAAUUUCGAAUCCGAAGAUAGCCACUAGAAGAAAUUCCACAAAAAAUGGCCCUACGCGAGAUUUCACGCGCGAUAGUCCGUGGAGAAAGGCGAAUGAUAUGUUGAUGAAUAAUUCAGGAUCCAAUGUCGUAACCUUGAGCCAGAAUUCGGAAUUCUCGGGUCAGGAGGAAGUGUUUUCGCUUACACUGGACAAAAAGGUCGAGGCCACGACUGCGUUUGAUCACGUCGCGGCCAUCAGAAAGAUCACAAGCAUGUUGACUCGCAAUCAGACUACCUCUAAAUUACCUCUAGAAAACAAGAACGGCGUAGAAGUUGGUAUUCCGUCGACUCUUCCUUUGCACAGCCAUUCCAAUCGUUAUUGGAGCUCCAAGCACUCCAACAGAACAAAAAGUCAUCGUCCUCAAGGUCAUUCGUCUAAUUCGAACAAAAAGAAUCAGAAUAGGGUUCAUUUAAAUAAGAUGCACGUCAAAAGGAACAAUUCUUCUACUCCUAUUACGAGCUUGAAGAAUUGGCCCAAUAGUGCCAUUCAAAACGACGAAGAUUUUCAUAAUUAUGAUCAAUAUACCACGAUAGAAGAGGAUGUGAAGCCAGAAGAGGUGGUUGAGAAACCAUUUCCAUUGAGAAAUUCCACUUUCAAUUAUCACGUACCUGUUUCGAAUCCCAAUUUUCAAGAAAUAGUUCACUGGUUGAAAAUCCCGGCUUUUAUGACGAAUGGUAGCCAUAUAAUAGAGAGUGAUCAACUCAAUAGUCCAAUUAGCCUCGCUUUUGAUCCAGUUUAUCAAAAUCUGGAACCGAAUAGGCCUUCUAAGCCUAAUAUCGUUCCACAGCUCAAGCCUGGCUUCAUUUAUCCUCUUCGUCCUCCGAGUUAUACCGCGGAGAAGGUGCCAAUUUGGCCACCGAGUGGUCCAUCGAAGAACAAGACUCAGAAUCCUUUCGUUCACAAUCCACAGACUCAGGUUUCACAAAACACAGUUGUUCAAUUAAUAAAUACAGACUUGAGCAAGCCAAAUAGGACGACGCUUGGGACCAAAGUGCCUCCAGGAUUUAUCAGGCCAAUUACGUCUGGUCCUUCAAAUCCUUCGUCCUCUUUGACCUCUUCAGGAUCUGGUUCGUAUCCUCCUCUUACCUCUUUAGCUUCUUCAGAAUCUGGAUCGCACUCUCCUUCGCCGAUUCUCUCGCAAUUGUAUCCUUCCACUGCAACAACUUCGAAGCCAGGCCCAAACGUUCACAUAGGCUUUACCUCUUACGACGAUAACGAUAAAGUACCUGAUCAGAAACCUCAGACUCCGGUGGUGACCUAUGACCAGAGUUGUCCUACGAUUCUAAUAAACACCUACACGAGAAUCAAUAACACUAUUCAAAGCAAAGAAGGCUGUACCGACUUGAACAUCAUCAUCAAUUCCCAAGUGUUCAACACUAACGCCUUCAAGUCUACACCUGCCCCUCUGACUGACCAAUCCAAUUCUGAAAAUUAUCAGGUUUAUGGAGCCUCAGACAAAUAUGGUAGCCAAAUAGGUUCAGAUACCAAUUAUCAAGCAGUACCUAUCUACCAACCCAGUUCUCCAGGAUCUCAGUGGCCUCAGAACAGUUACUACGACUCCUCAAAAUACCCACAGAACCAGAAUCUUCAGCAAAACGACGUUUCUAACGUGGAGGUGAUUCAGGAUACUCAGAUCAGUAUUUCGAGUCCAGCUGCAGUUUCUCCUCCAGUCGAGUCUUCCUUAGAAGCAGUGGAAGAAACUGGUCCGUUGAACGACAGUACAGGUUCUUCAGCACAGGUUGGCUCAGACGUUGGUCAAGCAAACGAUUCUCCAGGUGUGAAUUCAUUAGUUCGACCAGCUGUGACACCAGCUGCGUCAAAUCCUGGCUCCUCAGGAUCCACUAAUAUCUCUCCGGCAGGUCUAGGCACAGGAUCAUCUUCUACUCCAAGUCGUCCAAGUCAUGACGAUGACGACGACGACUUUGACUUGUCCCCGAGUAGUAUCAUGGAUUCCAUAGCUUCGGUGUUCACUUAUUUCACGUUUGUCAAUCCCUUGCAUUAUGGGUUCUUCAGCUUGGCAGCUGCUCCUUUCACCGCUCUCGCAGCUGGAAUGCUUGGUAUCGUUACUUUUAUCUAUCCUUGGCUGUUCCCUACUUCGUUUGGUUUUAGCAGAGCUAACAAUAAUAAUGGGGAUAGUCUUUGGUAUAAUAUUGAAGAAGUGGUGAUCCAGUCUUUGGAGAAGUAUGGAAGGAUGAACGAAUGGAAGAGUAAGAGGAAGAAGAGGAACUUUAAUUUUCCGAAAAUCGACGUAAUCUUUCAAUUUUCUUUCAGUAUCCAUUCGAAUGACACGCAACGUCACCUGAAAGACAUGCACAACAUCGACCAGUCCUUAAGAACGGUGGCCACUCAAUUACUAAACGUGACCAACCCCGAAGAACCACCAAAGAUCCUCGACAACGUGAUCAAGAGGCCCAUUGCGAGUCAAAAACCAAUCGAAAGGAACGAAGCCACUCCGAUCAAAGAGAUAUACGUGAACAAUGGUCCACCUGCUAAUAUUGGAUUUGGCAGACCGAUCAAUUCCAAGUUCAACUACUUCGAGACGAGUCAUCCGGGUCAAGCAAUGGCCAUCACCGAAGAAGAACUCGAGAAAGAAUUAAGUUCAACGCGUCUGAUGACUGCUUAUAAGAAUCAUGCAACGACCACUGGUGGAAUUUCCACGUGGAUCCUUCUAAAUCCACCGUCGACAACGACGAGGACGAUGGAGAUAGAAAAGAAGACGAAACAGCCGUUUCAAAUGGAAGUGAAAAUGACUGUGAAACCGACGACUUUGAUGGAGAGAGUGGAAACCACUGAAAGAGUGACAGAGAAAGUUACCAUGCCCGUGUCCACUACAUUAGUCAUGGAUCACUCUUCUACUACAAAGAAACCUGUCUCAGUCGACACGAAGAAGAGCACCGAAUCGAAACCAGAGAAAAUUCAAACCACAGAAAAGGUAGAGUCCAUGCAGAGUACCACUUUGAAGGUCCCACAGACUACUGCGAAUAAUUUGGAGAGUAAGGAGGCUGUUGUUAGUACCACGAAGAAGAUACAGAUUUUAAGAACGACACCUAAGCCUAAGAUAGCUACCACGAAGACUACUGUAUUAUCUAAACCUUCUGGUUCGAAGCCUUCCAGACCUAAUCAACAGAAUAGGCCCAAGCCUCCUAUGAGAAGAACUACUACCGUUAAGCCGGAUUCUGCGAAAAAUGAGACUGUUUCUACUGGCAAGAUAGAGAAGGUUACUUUCAGACCGGUUCAAAUGAUCACCAUUCCAAAGAACAAGGUAGAAAGCACCGAGAAGCCUAUGUUCGUGACCAAGAUCAAAGCGUCUAUCGCGAUGGACACUCAGAAGACUAGCACGCAGUCUUCUGCUUCUUCCAUGGCUACCAGUUUAGAAGUAACUACGUCUCCUAAACCGACUACGCUCGAGAAUAAUCUGGUGGAGGUGUCUGUGAAGCCGAAACCAGUUGGCACAAAGGUGAACAACGUAUUGAAGGUACAAUUGAAGAAGCCUCUAGACGAGACGACGACGAUCGAAGUAGAACCCAUUAAGGUGAAUGCUCCCGUGUUGAAGAUCGAGAAAGUGGAAAAGAACGAGAUUAAGAAAGAAGAAGAGAAGGAAGCAGAGAAUCUGGACAAUACCAGGAUAGAUUCAAUGAAGUUUGAUUUUAAUCCUGAACUGACCAAGAUCAACGUAAAUACAGAAGUUUCUUCGACUUCAACGAGCACCACACAAUCGACGACGUCCACUUCGACCACCAAAAGACCUAGGAACAAUCCCAAGAGGAAGAAGAAUAAAGUGAGAAGGCGAAAGCCAACUACAUCCACCACUACAACCACUGUUUCUUCAGUGAUAUCUAGUACGACAGAGAACGGUUUAAUAGAGGAACCAAUCACUGAAAAUGGUAUACAGGAGUCGAAGAUAGUACCUGAGACCAAGGUGGCUGGUAAUUGGACGAAGACAAAGAAGAAGCCAGCUUCGACUCCCAUCAGUAUGCAGAUUUACAACUUCCUGAGUCGAGAGGUGAUGCCUAGUUUUGGAGUGAUGUCUUUGGUGGGAUUGGGACUUGGCCUGGCUUCUUACUUCUUGUAUCCGCUCGGAGGAACCGUCACUAGAAGAAACUACGACGUUGAGCCUAAAUAUAAGUAUAAUUUCGACGAAUACGGUGGAAACUAUGGUCAAAGGGAAGAGGAGGUCUUGUCUAAAGUUCUUCAAGGUAUGACAAUCGACGAGAGCAAGUAUCCUGGUUCGAAGGAUUAUGACAACAAUUACUAUAGGUACCAACAUUAUGACGGAGGUUACGAUACUCAGCCAAUCAAGAAAAGCGAUCAAAGGUACCCUCCUUCGUCUGCAAUAUAUCGUCCAGAGAACACAGCGUCUAUACAUAAAUAUAAGAACACUGAUUAUCGUUAUUCGGAUAGUACAAGCACUCCAAAUUAUUAUGACAGGCCUAAACAUCGCGAGUACGUGGUUGGAUCUGCCGCCCCUGGCACAGCCAACCGACAAUUCGUUGUUGGAAGCAUUCCCAAAGAGUACCCACCUUACGAAGAGAAGAUUCCUUCUUUAUCGACCCCAGGAAAGUUGGCUAACAGUUACGAACCUACAGAAAGUGGCCAGAUACAGUUCGACCACGAUGUAAACCAGAACUUCAAUUUUCCUGUGGGGUCUGCUCAAAACUAUGGCCAAGUGCAGACAGCUAGACCAGAUGACACUUACGAGGAAGUUGAGAUCACACCUACCGCGGUUGCUGUGGAGCAUGGACCUAGGUCUCUGAAGCUUAAACGGUCUCUCCUGGACUUGACAAAGGUAUCCCCAACGGAGACACAUCGUUCUAGAAGGAGAAGGGACUCCGUAAUUCAAGUUAUACCAUUGAAACGACAAUUGGAAGAGGAAGGGAAGGAGCAAGAUUUGAGUAACGAAAUCCUAAAUAUCAUUGACUCAGCUAUACCCGAAGAAGACUAUACUCAGAAGAAGAAGAACAAGGAUGAGGAAAUGGAAGGUUUUGUGAAUAAAAGAAGAAAAGAGAAAGAGGAUGAAAGGAAUCGACUGAAAGAAUCCACUACCAACAGUCAGAUUUUAAAAACGAGCGCAGCUGCCUCUGUGGACUCUUCUACAGUUUCCACAGCAACGAAGGAGACUACCGAGUCUCCUACUUUUUCUCCGAGUUCCACGGAAAGCGAUUCCGAAAGUAAUACGACGAAUAAUCCGAAAUCGACCGAAAGCACCAGCGAGUGGAUCGAUCUGACCACGGCGAAGCCAGCCGAGCAGAACGGUUUCAACCUCUUCAGUUUCGUGAAGAAGAUCGCCGAGAUCAAGUUCAGGCUCGGUCUGACGCUCCUUAAACACGCCAGCGAGGGUUUUGCCAGAUAUCUUGGCCACGUGCAGAAGAGGAUCAACGGAGAGGAGUGAAUAG